CCGUUCUCGCUUCCGUCGCCUUUGCCGUUAUGCGUGUCCAACAUAGCGAUGUCACUGCGGAAACGCCAACGCCUCGGGUUUCCCGGCCGCUUAAUCCCCGCCGACGGAACCCUAACGGAGAUCGGCUUUGACGACCCCGCCACUGCCGAUGUCAUUCUUCGCCUCGAGCUCGAUGACUCCCACCUUAACGACCUCGAUCUCAACCCCGUCCCGCUAGACCUUCACCUCCGCUCCGCCGCUCUACGCCGCUCCCGUUACUUCGAUGCGCUCCUCUCCGAGCGAUGGAAUCACUCCUCCGUCAGUGGGAAGGGGAUUCGCCAUCGCCUCAACCUUAAGGUCCUCCCCUCCGCGGGAGGCCACCGCUCCCGCAAUCCCUUCGACGCUCACGUCGCAGUCAUUCGGCUUCUCCACAGCCUCGACUUCUCCGGUGAGAUCGGAUCCGUCUCCGAUGCUCUGGAUAUGCUUCCUGUGGCAAUGGAGCUUCUCUUCGAUGAUUGCGUUCGAGCUUGCGUACGAUUCCUUGAGGCAGUGCCGUGGACCGAGGAGGAAGAGGAGGGAGUACUCAAUUUGAUGCCUUUGCUUCGACGGGAGGAGUGUGAAAACCUCCUAGCAAGAAUUUUGCCCAUUGUCUCAGAGGAGGCGGAUGGGAAUUGCACAUCGGAAGAAAUGCUCCGUAGAUUGAUAGAUUCUGCUAUUCGCAGCCAUCCAAAUGUGACUACUGUCAAUGUGAAAGCCUUUGUCGCAAAGCUACUUCGUGAUUACUCCUCCCGGGAUUGUGUAAGGAGAGCUCUUGAUCAAGCCUUCUUGACGAGCAUGGAGAUGACGAAGGACCACUUGGGGAAGUAUGCAAGCCCGGAUUUUAGACUUUCAUGGGGGAAUGACGAAAGAGAGGCAAUGCAGAGGUUGGAUCUUCACUCAUCCAUGAUGAACGCAAAGCACCUGCACUGGCUGGUUGAGAGGAUGGUUGAGUUGAGGGUGGCCGACACAGCAGUGUCCAGAUGGAGUGAGCAGGCUUCCUUGACGGCAGACUUGCAGAAGACUUUUAGGGACGAUGCAUGGAAGAAUAUAGCUCCUGGGCUGCCAUCGCUGAUCAUAAGGUCCACAUUCAGGCUGGCUAAUGCGGUUGCUUCUGGCAAUACAUUGGCUCCUCGACAGGUGAGGAUGAAUCUUGUCAGAUGUUGGCUCCCGGUACUGAAUGUCUGCCGGAAUAUUGUUUUCACGAUGCCGACAUGUCAAAAAUCAAUCAUCCAGGACCUUGAAGAAGCAUUUCUAAGUAUAAUAUCUACUCUUCCGUUGUCAGAUUCUCAAGAUUUGCUGCAGCAGUGCUUAAGCUUUUCCACCCGGAACAUCGAAGAUUGCCCACACCUGAUUUCAGCAUUCAAGACUUGGUUUCGAAGAGCUAACAGGCCGGCUACCAAGGAUGAUGUGUUUGUUCAGAACCAAGAUUCCUGGUUGGCAGAAAAUGAACUGUAAAUGAUAAUGCGUUACAAGGUUUGGUUAUUAUGUAUCCUUCAACUACCUCUUUGUCCCAAGUUUCUGUACUUGUAUAUGACCCUUCCUUAGGAGACAAAAGACUUGUAAAUACUUCUCCUGUAACAGACUGCGUGUCUUUGGCAAUAAAUGACUUGGAAGUUAGAACUUGAAAA